AUGGAAAACCCUACGCCUCAGAAUAAUUCUAUCACCUUAAAACAGCUUUACCUGAAUCCUUUACCCAUCAGUGAAGCUAAAAAGAGAGAUCUUCUCAGUUUAUGCACUAAGAAAAUAAUUCCUGAGGAAUAUCAUGGUUGGUACUCUUCUUUACCAACUGCAACCAAUGAAGCAGAUCGUUUACCUGAAGCUUCGGUUGACGAAGAGUCAUCGGAAGAUUAA